GUACGUGCGCAAGAGAGCGUGGGGUCAGGGCGUCAGACACCAUUGCGCGAGACACCAUUACGACGGAGACCGAGGCGCGGCCGGUGACUACUUUCUUAAACUUCAUUUCGUUUUAACUAGCAAGAAGAAAGUCCUCUUUCCGUGCCUAGCACAGCCAUGGCUCGUGGUCCCAAGAAGCACCUGAAGCGUGUAGCAGCUCCAAAGCAUUGGAUGCUGGAUAAACUGACCGGGGUAUUUGCUCCUCGUCCAUCUACCGGUCCCCACAAGCUGAGAGAAUGUCUCCCUCUCAUCAUUUUCCUAAGAAACAGACUUAAGUAUGCCCUAACAGGAGAUGAAGUAAAGAAGAUCUGCAUGCAACGGUUCAUUGAUAAGACAGGAGAGAAUUUCCGUCUGGUCUAUGACACCAAGGGUCGCUUUGCUGUUCAUCGUAUAAGACCUGAGGAGGCCAAGUACAAGCUGUGCAAAGUGCGGAAGAUCUUUGUGGGCACAAAGGGAAUCCCUCAUCUGGUGACCCAUGAUGCUCGUACCAUCUGCUACCCUGAUCCUCUCAUCAAGGUGAACGACACCAUUCAGAUUGAUUUGGAAUCUGGCAAAAUUACCGAUUUCAUCAAAUUUGACACAGGUAACCUGUGUAUGAUCACCGGAGGUGCCAACCUGGGAAGAAUUGGUGUGAUCACCAACAGAGAGAAACACCCUGGUUCUUUUGACGUAGUUCAUGUCAAAGAUACCACUGGCAAUAGCUUUGCCACCCGGCUGUCCAAUAUUUUUGUUAUCGGCAAAGGCAACAAGCCAUGGAUUUCCCUUCCCCGUGGAAAGGGUAUCCGCCUCACCAUUGCUGAAGAGAGAGAUAAGAGACUGGCGGCCAAACAGUUGGUGAAAUGAGCUGACGUGACAUGAUUAGAAGAGUCUUUGUCCUUAAUUAAAGAUAAUGCAGCAUGGGGGGGGGAUGGACACUCCCACUAAGAUGCUAAUAAUUCCUAACCUAAAUUUCACUCCCUUUUCCUGUGGGGCUUAACAGCUAAAUGAGUAUGACAGUUCUUUACCCUAAAGUCAUUCUCACUUCAACCUCUUCCUUUUUUUAGAUGCCCGAGUUAGUUCAUUGUACUUUUCAGUUUGU